GCACACCCACUCUCUCCCUCUCCUCCCUUCGCGCGCUUGGCCUCUGGGACUGAUGAUUUUCGACACAGGACUUGUACGAGCGCAGUGUUCAACUGGAGGGCUCCGCUGCAGCGGGCUCAAACAAACCUCGACGGAACUGGUUCCAGCUCAAGACGAACAUUGACCAGCGGUGAUGACGGCUUUUUUGUUUUCCAUCUUCCAUCUUUCUCUCUCGCAUUUUGUUUCCUCUAGGUGCCAUAAUGAUUUUGGGAAUUUUCGCAGGCGUGUGUUUUUUUUAUUUUGUCGUCAUUUGUUCGCUUCAUUCAUGUUGCUUGCUUGUUUUGCUUUGCUAUUCGGAUUCCGGUUGUGAUACCUACUUACCUAGCCCUAUUAUCUUUCCGUUCUCCUCCUCCCCCUGGCCCUGGGCUCGGCGUUCCUUCUGCUGUGCUUCUGCUGUGAUGUAUUUGCUUUCGGCUGGUUGGUUGGUUGGUUGGUUGGUUGGUUUGGGUAUCGAUCGAUUGAUCACAUCUACUCGUACUCUCGCUGUCCGUAUGAUACUGUCCGUACUGUCCAUUGUCCGUUGUUCGCGUCCGUCCGUACCCAUCCCAGUUUAUAUUUACCUUUUAUGUGCUCGUUGAUUUUUUUGCAAAGAAAAAGGGAGGAGGACGGACGGUGUGGAUUGGAUUGGAUUGGGAAGGGAAGGGAAGGGAAGGGAAGGGAAGGGAAG